CAGGUAUCUUCCGGUCACGGGUGGGCCGUUCCGAGACUUCCGGGAUCUCGAAGACGCAGUUCGUGCAUGCUACGCUGACAUCUACCUCUCCUGGCAUCGCCGGAGGCGACCCCUUGUUCCGCCGCCUCCUUCGACGUACCAACGGCACCAAUCCUCUAGCUAAAACCUAAAAUCGACUGAUUACUUCACUCUUCGAUCAAUAAAUCGAUUUGUUACUUUACUGAUCGAACAAAAAAAAAAUGUUUUUUGAUUGCUUCUCCAGCGACAGCAUAUUCGAGUUCAGGUACGUGGUGGAGCAUGUGCCUCGGCGGCCUACACAAUCUCCGACGCAAAGGUUGGAAGAACCUGCAGACCUAAAGGAGUCGCCCAACACCGCAACGUUGGAGGAGAAAUCUUCCGGCAGCACUGCCACUGCCACUUCCUCCUCCUCCUCUCGGCAGUCAGAUCAGGACACCAUUAUGGCCUCGCCACCAUCAGGCUCGUCACGCAUUUGGGGCCAAGUACGGCAUGACUGGGGAUUCGUAUAUUACAUCAGGGUCGAUCUCGGGGGAUGUUUCCACACAUAUCCUCACACCGGCGGGCGAUUUCAGAGUUCAGAGGAAGCAGAGAGCGCCAUGGAUCGCUAUUUCCACGAGCGUCGGGAUCCAACACUGUUAGUGAACCAAGGUGCGGUUCCUUCAGUUGAGAUGGCCAUAGAACAAGCUCUUUACUGGCCUGACGGCAGAAGGAAGAAGCGUUCUAAAUGGCUUGUGGCUGAGCAAACCGGUAGUCAGGUCCACCGAUUAGUAGAAGCUUUGGUGGACAAGCAUAAUGAGGAUCACAAUCUUCUCGGGUUCGAUCUUGCAUAUGAACUCAAAGAUGUUGUGCACUACCGAAAUUUUUGUGAGAAGCGUACUUGGUUCUAUCAUCUCAAUUUCACCAUGACUAAAGUAGCAGGUGAUUUCAAUUGUGGCAACGACAACAACCUGUUUUUUGCGGAAGUCAAAUGUGUGCGACAAGGAAAGCAAGAAGAAUUGUUGGUCAGUUGUUUGCGCAUGGUUAGUCCUACCAAAAAUGGUCUCUGCUAUGGUUGCACCAACAAUGGAAGUGUCAACAUUAAGCACCCACACAAUGUAGAUGAAUACAUCGGUGGCCACUUGGAUGUGGAAGCCAAGAAGAGGGAGCUGAGACGUUUGUUUACGGGAAGUGAUGAUCCAAAUGUGAAGACGAUCUUGUGGAUGCAUCCUGAUGAAGUUUUGCUGGAAGAAGACUAA